AUCAGCGCUUUGGUCGAUCUUUCACCGCCCUAGCAGAUUAUCUUCGACCGGCGGGCCCAAGUUUGCUCAGACAGCUGUGACCGGAGUGAUCGAUGCGGCCGUUAAUACUGGAUCCGGGACGGCUGGGCGUAGCGCCCAUAUACUCUUCUCUUCAGCGCGAGGCGGUUUUUCCGAUUCGUUAGGACGGGUGGAAGAAUCGAAGGCGAGCGCGCCACCUAGUCCUGCGAUCAGUGAUGCGCUCUCUCGCGAGUGGUCGGAAGGUGGGCGGAAGGACACGGUCGUGUUCAGCGUGUUCUUCUUCGGCACCUUUCACGAGGCCUGGCUAUACACCGGGUUGCUGCUCCGGCAAUACAGCGUCUGAUCCCCUCACGCCACGGAUGGCACCUCAUACUCGGCGUUAUGCUCCUCAGCCCGAACCCGCCCAUCCAUUCGCAUCGCUUCGCCAUGUUUUACUGGUUCCAUCUCCAAGCUCAAUCGACGGGCCUCACAUACGUCGUCACGAUGAUGAAAUCCACAUCUGCUUUGCAAUACUCUGAGGAGGAAAACACGCCGUCGCAUGGCUCCCAACCUCCGGUGCUGGAUGGACCGAACGCGUUCACCUCGGCGCCGAAAAGACCAUCGCGCUCUCUCUUGGAAAUAUACGGGACAAAGACUUUGUCGGGGUGGUCACAGAGGACUCAAGACAAGUACACUCGCUAGCGCGCAGGC